AGGCCAUUAAGAGUAAGAGGUAUUAUUGAAAGCCUUCAAGCAAAAUAAAAGUGCCUAAGGAGAAUUUCUUCAGUGUUCCUGCUUUCUUAACUGUCUCAGGACAACUUCAUCUAGAAGUGAUGUCAGGAGCUUUUACUCGAGUGUUUACCUUUGGUCCAACAUUCCGAGCUGAGAAUUCUCAGAGCCGGAGACACCUGGCUGAGUUUUAUAUGGUAGAAGCUGAGAUUUCUUUUGUUGAGAACCUUCAAGACGUUAUGCAGGUUAUGGAGGAACUUUUUAAGGCUGUAACAAUGACAGUUCUUUCAAAUUGUCCUGAAGAUGUUGAACUCUGUCACAAAUACAUAGCUCCUGGCCACAAGGACAUAUUAGAACAUAUGCUAAAAAACAAAUUCCUGAUCAUUUCUUAUACGGAGGCAGUAGAAAUCUUAGAGCAAGCAUCCCAGAACUUCACCUUUACCCCGAAGUGGGGCACUGAUCUGCAGACUGAACACGAGAAGUACCUGGUGAAGCACUGUGGCAGCGUACCAGUCUUCGUCACUGACUAUCCACUAGCGAUCAAGCCAUUCUACAUGAGGCAUAAUGAAGGUGGCCCCCCACAUACAGUUGCUGCUGUUGACCUUCUCGUUCCUGGAGUUGGAGAGCUCUUUGGAGGCAGCCUGAGGGAGGAACGCUACCAUGUCUUAGAGCAGCGACUGGACAGAUUAGGACUUAAAGACGACUACCAAUGGUAUCUGGACCUUCGUCAGUUUGGAUCUGUGCCACAUGGAGGCUUUGGGAUGGGAUUUGAACGUUACUUACAGUGCAUCUUGGGAGUUGACAAUAUCAAAGAUGUUAUCCCUUUUCCAAGAUUUACUCAUUCAUGUCUUUUGUAACUAAAAGAUUGUUUUAAGGCAGAGGUACUGCACGUGAAUACACACACACAUGUCUGGGUGAUAGAGUUUCAGAAUUGUGGAUUUUGAUAGUUUUUGUGUCAUAAGAUACAACAGAUGAAGAUAGAAAUGAUCAUGCUCACCCUAGAAAGCCAAAGACAUGUCAUGAAGAGAGAAACUCCCCCAAAACGAGAUACUUAUACCAAGUGGACUUUUCAAAUCCAUUACCUCAGUUGAGAACAAAGUAAGUAGCUGACAUGUGGUCCCAGCCGCUCUGGAAGCUGGCACAGAGGAAGGAGGAGCACUUGAGCUGGACAGCCUCGUCUCCAAAGAGAAGGAAGGAAGACAUUGAGCUAGAUGGUCUCAAAGGCCCUUUCAGACUAAGCAAGAUGAGACAGUGCUUCACUCGGCCUUGUCACAUCAGUAGAUCAUGUCCCUGCUUCACUUUUGAAAAACAACCAGCAGCUAAAAAUAAAACACUGGCUGUUCUUUCCCUUGUCACUUAAACUACAGUAUGUACCCCUCAUAUUCUCAGCAUUUUCCUAAACUUUAUAGAAAAUACUUCCUUUCAAGAUAUGAAUUGAUUUAAUGAAGUGGGUUUUCUUAAUUGAAAUCUUUCAUUGGGGGAGUCAAAAAACUCAUGUUUAGUAUAUCUUUAAUUUUAAAAGUAAGUGAAAAAAAAUUUUUUAAGCCAGGCAUGGUGGUGCACACCUUUAAUCUCAGCAUUCGGGAGGCAGAGGUAGGAGGUUCACCCUGAGUUCCAGGCCAUCCUGAGACUACGUAGUGAAUUCCAGGUCAGCCUGAGCUAGAGUGAGACCCUACCUCAGAAAACACACAUCAAAAAAAGGAAAUAAGAUUGUAUUUAAGCUCUUCAAUCACUGUCCUAGUAUAUAUUAAAUGUUUAUAAAUGUUCUAAUAUUUAAUAAAAUGUUUUAAUUGAUACCAAUGAAAA